AUGACGACUUCUCAUAGACCUCAGCUAGAGGCAAGAAGUGGGGGGAAAUAUGCACCCGAGCAGGUUCCAACAGGUGCUAAACAUGCAAGGUUGCUUCCUGGACACACUAAGAUAAAACGCAGGAAGGUGAAGCCGGCUACGUCAGAUGCUUCUAGUUUAGUUUCUGGCGCACGGGAGAUUAUAAAGACGGAUAAGGUUGAUUUCGAUGAAGAGAAUAAUAGUAACAACGAUAGAGAAAGUUCAGAGGAUGAUGAAUAUGAUAGUACAUAUAGCAGCAGUAGUGAUGAUGAGGAAGAGCUACGAGAAGGGCUAGAGGCAAUUAGAAGGGCUAGAGAGCUAAAUGAGUCCCAUCAAAAAUUAGCAGUAGAGGCUUCAUCUGUUCAGGAACCCAAACAAGUCUCUGCGGUGAAGAGCUGGAGGUCUAACACCGUGUUUGGCGCACAAAAGAAGAGUAAUGGGGAUUCUCAGGUGACAGCAGAGAACCGGUUAAAAUACCUGAACGAUCUAAGCAGAAGUGAGUACCAUCGCGAUUUUAUGAAAAGGGUUUCAAGAUAA